AUCAGGUUACGAAUUGUGAGGAAAUUUGAUCUUGAACUGUGAAGAUGAAUGCAGUGCUUUAAUUUUCUAAAUUGCAUUUCUCAGCAUUUAGUAAUUGUUUGCGCCUAAACGUAUGCAACCAUUAUACACCUAUUAUUCAGAGACGAGAUGUGAGUCGAUAUGACAAAUAAAAAUACGCAAUCAACAUAGCUAUCGGUUCGUACGCGGAAGUGUAUCGUAUAAGUUAGUCUUGUAAACGUAAAUAAAAGCUACUCAUAACUACUGAACAUAAAUCGUCCUAAGUAAUAACAAUUAUGCCGUGAUUCGACACCCAAAUCAAACCCAUGGAUUCUGAAGAGAGGCCCUUUCCGUGCAAGAUAGACGGAUGCAAGCUCAGUUUUGCCACCGAAGAUCACCUGAACGCCCAUCGGAAGAAACAUGAUAAGCUGCUAAACCUGGAGCUACCCAACAAAUCGAAUUUAUUCGCCGACCAAACUCCGACCCCGACACGGCUGAUUGGUAAGUGUGAAGAGGUGGGCCUCUUUGAAGACCUUCAGAAUGUGAACCCCUUCGAGGAAACAUUUAGACGGGCCGUCGAGGAGAAGAGUUCCGGUUCGGGUGAGAGUGCUCAGGAAAAAGCUGUUCCGGUGAUCGGACCAAUAGGAACCGGAGAUGAUACCUUGCAUACGCCCCAUGUUUUUCCGCUGCUCGAAAGGCGCGACAGCCGUAAGCUUUCAAAGUUGAUCAUUUCAAGAUCCAGUUCCAGAAAAGAUGAUACACCGGUUUCGGUUAGUCAAUCUGUAUUGGCAUCCGACUCCCGUACUACAUCGAAGAGAAAACAGCAAUUUGUCAAUCCCAUCAGUAAAAAACAACACGUUAACAUUUUACCAAAAGUCACCCCGUCAUCGCAUCCAGUGAUAAUAAUUUCCUGUGAGAGGGAUGAUCGACUGUCGGUGAUCAAAACAACCAGUCCGUUGCAUCCGGUGAAAGCCAAGCUUAAAAAGUAUCUCGCCAGAAACGGGUCCCAGACAGAGCUUCAGCAACAAGCUGUGCAAUUAACAUCAUCCAACACCACCACAAGUACCUUAAGUGCGCCGAAAAAGACAAAAUCUGCUGCAGCAGUCUCGGAAGCAAGUAUACCACGGUCUCACGUUUCAGAGGAAGCUACAAUUCUAAAGCAUGAACGGUGGAAAGCGGCAGCCAAGCGGUAUCGAACCCGUGUGAAGCAGAAUCAGGAUUGUGUCCACCGGAAGAACGUGGAGUUACAACAGGAAAAUCUGCAGCUCAAAACCGAGCUCGCUCAGCUGAAAAGUGCUCUCUCGUUGCAUAAGGACUGUUCCGUGACCAGAGCUCUGGUCGCUGGUACGAACAUAAAUGCGGCUGGUCCGUCCAAACUUAUGUUUAUCCCAGUGGAUAAUGGAAUCCAUCACCGGCCUCAACAGCAACAAUCUGUUGAACCACAGGUUGUUGGUAACACUGUUGCACUCAAUAGUAAUCCAGUUUAUAUUAUAUUAGGUGGAAUCAAUCCACUGCCAGAGGCAGGCAAGAAGGAAUCGAAUUGAUGCUCAAUCCUAUCGGACGUCAGGA